AACACCUUCGUCCAAUUCUUUAGUCCGGCUACGCCAUCACUAGGGAUAAUCUGCGGUUUCCAUGUGUCACUUUAAUAGUUGGUUCUAAAGAAAGAUCUCGAUUCUUUAUUAUUUUUUGACGGAAAAUUGAAGCAGCUAUUCUACCCUAUCCACAUUCCACGGCUAUCAAUUGUGAGUCGCACGCCGGAUAGAGAUCUUUCAAUUUUGUAAAAAAGAUGGCUAUGCACAUACCAAAGGCACCGGGCAUGGCCCAAAUGCUCAAAGAAGGAGCCCUUUAUUUUUCAGGUUUGGAAGAAGCUGUGUAUAGAAAUAUAUCAGUAUGCAAGCAAUUCGCACAAACUGUAAGGACUGCUUAUGGUCCAAAUGGCAUGAAUAAAAUGGUUAUUAAUCACAUUGAAAAAUUAUUUGUUACUAAUGAUGCUGCAACAAUCGUUAAUGAAUUGGAAGUUGAACAUCCAGCUGCUAAAUUGUUAGUCUUAACAUCAAAAAUGCAAGAAGCGGAAGUUGGUGAUGGAACAAAUUUUGUUAUAAUAUUUGCUGGAGCUCUUUUAGAAGCUGCAGAGGAAUUACUUCGUUUGGGGAUUACUACAUCUGAAAUAGUUGAGGGAUACGAAGCUUCGCUAGAAAGAACAUUAGAAAUAUUACCAACAUUAGUCUGUUACGAAGUAAAAGAUUAUCGAGACGAAAAAGCAGUGAAAGUUGGAAUUAAAACAUCUGUUAUGAGUAAACAAUAUGGAAAUGAAGAUCAUCUUACUUCUCUUAUAACGCAAGCUUGUGUAUCAAUUUUACCAGAGAAAACUACUUUCAAUGUAGACAAUGUGCGUGUCUGUAAAAUACUUGGAAGUGGCUUGUCUAGUUCUGAAGUUGUACAAGGAAUGGUAUUUAAACGACAAGUUGAAGGGGACGUUGCAAAAAAGGAUAAUGCCAAAAUUGCUGUUUAUACCUGCGCUGUAGACAUUGUGCAAACUGAAACAAAAGGAACAGUAUUGAUAAAAUCAGCCGAGGAAUUGAUGAAAUUUUCUAGAGGAGAGGAAUCCCUUCUGGAAACUCAAAUCAAAACAAUUGCUGACAGCGGAGUCAGCGUGAUAGUUUCAGGAGGAAAGUUUGGUGAUAUGGCUUUACAUUAUAUGAACAAAUAUAAUUUAAUGGCUGUUCGUAUACCCAGCAAAUUUGAUAUUAGAAGACUGUGUAAAACUGUUGGUGCUACUGCACUUCCAAAACUGAUUCCACCGACAAAAGACGAAUUGGGAUAUGCAGAUUCUGUAUGCAUUGAUGAAAUAGGAGAAACCAUGAUAGUAAAGUUUGUAUUAAAUGACAAAGAGAGCCGUAUUAGUACUAUAAUUGUUAGAGGAUCCACCGAAAAUUACAUAGAUGAUAUUGAACGUGCUAUCGAUGAUGGUGUUAAUACGUUCAAAGGAUUAACAAGAGAUGGAAGAUUUCUUCCUGGUGCAGGUGCCACUGAAAUUGAACUAGCUUCACAACUUAUUACGUAUGCAGAUACUCUACCAGGUUUAGAACAAUACGCGGCACGUAGAUUUGCAACUGCUUUAGAAAUAUUUCCAAAAACCAUAGCUGAGAAUAGUGGAUGUCAUGCUUCUGAACUUUUAUCAAAACUUUAUGCUGCACAUAAGGAAGGCAAAAAGACUUAUGGUUUUGAUAUUGAUCAUAAGGGUGCAGCUCUUCUUGAUACAGUUGAAGCUGAAAUUUUAGACUUAUACAUAACAAAAGAGUGGGGUUUAAAAUAUGCUGUUGGUGUUGCAUGUACUGUUCUUAAAAUCGAUCAAAUUAUUAUGGCAAAACGUGCUGGAGGACCAAAAGUACCAGGUGGAGGUGUCCGUGACGACGACGAGUGAUAAUAUAUAUGUCACUCAGCUAUUCAUUAAUUCUUGUAUUUAAUUUAUAAUUUUGCAUUACGUUGGCUUUCAGCGCAUUAAACACACUGUCAUACAAAAAAAAGUAUUUGUAAAAAUGUUAACAUACUCGUCUUUGUAUUAUGUGUAUAAUGUUGUACUACUUUACAUUUUUUAAUGAAAACAAAUUAU